GCUCAAGUGUUCUUUUUUAGUAUUUUUAGUACUUUCUGUGUUCCUAAUCCAUAAGCCUUCCUUUGUGGCUUGUUCAUGUAGGGAUUCGUUGUUCUUGCUGAUUUAAGCCAUUUAGUUUCAACUGACUUUGAAUUUGGGGCUGCUUUUGAUUUAUAUAUCAUUGACAUUCAGGAUUGUUUGCUUCUUGUAUGUGUAUUAGCUAGGUUGUUUUUGGGUGUGUUGUUCUUGGUUUGGAUCAAGUUGUUGGAGAGUUUUAGAUUGAUAGGAUGCAGAAAGCAAUGCUCGAUAUGAGCUCUGAAAUGGAGUUCUUGAGAAAGACUUGCUCGAUGCUCCCAAUCUGCAACCUGGCUAGUAUCAGAUUCUUCCGUCGAAUGAGUUCUCGUCAGAGGAGAGAUGUUUCAGUUAAGUCUUCCUACCUGAUUGCCAAAACCCCUAAUGAAAAUACUAUAGCUUUGACUUCUAAAAAUAUAUGGGGGAAAGAAAAAUUAGUUAUAAAUGGAAGCUAUGAUGCUUAUCCAUGGAUAUCAUCAAGAGAAAGUUACAUGCUUGAUGCUGAUGAAGAUGAGUAUGGAGGAGUCAUAAUUAGACCAGAAUGCCUUCCACAAACAGCAGAUGCAUUUGCUACUAUCCUUCAAUCAUCUCUUUUCCACUGGAAGCUGCAGGGUAAGAAGGGGGUCUGGCUUAGACUGCCACUGGAUCAAGCUGAGUUUGUUCCAGUUGCUGUUAAGGAAGGCUUCAAGUACCAUCAUGCUGAGCAAACAUAUUUGAUGCUAACAUAUUGGAUUCCUGAAGGGCCUUGCAUGCUUCCUGCUAAUGCAUCACAUCAAGUAGGAGUUGGUGGUUUUGUUCUCAAUCACAGAAAUGAGGUUCUUGUAGUGCAAGAGAAGCAUCAUUAUUCAUUUGAAGAUGUUUGGAAAUUACCUACAGGUUUUAUCCUUGAGAAUGAAGAAAUAUUUAAUGGUGCUGUUCGAGAGGUGAAGGAGGAGACUGGAAUUGAUACAGAAUUCUUGGAAGUAAUUGCUUUUAGGCAUGUUCACCAUGUUGCAUUUGAGAAGUCUGAUCUGUUCUUCAUCUGCAUGCUGAAACCCUUAUCAACUCAAAUUGUUGUAGAUGAACUCGAAAUACAAGCAGCCAAGUGGAUGCCUCUGGCUGAGUUUGUGAGGCAACCAUGCAUUCAAGAAGACAACAUGUUCAAGAAGAUUAUCGACAUCUGCAUUGCGCGGCUCGGAAAGUGUUAUUGUGGAUUAACGGCUCAUCAGGUGAUUUCAAAGUUUGAUUCUAGAUCUUCUACCUUGUAUUAUAAUGUAGUUGAGCCUGAGGACUAUAGCUGCCAAGUGUCUUAGAUGUGGCAUAAGUGCUGCUGCUAUAGAAUUAUAUUGAGAGGAACAUGUAUAUCAAUAUGAUAAUUAAAAAUUCUAUGGAAAUAAUGAUAUUUGGAAAUCAAAAGAGCUCUUUUGUAGA